GUAUAUAGGUCAAAAUGUAGUCUGCUUUAAAACAGAUCUUGGGGUUGCCCUAGUAUUCCUGUGACAUAAUCAUUGUGAAUUUACUGCAAACUACUUACCGUUGCAAUGGCAGCAGCCUUAGACGAUUUAUUUGGGCAGAUUCUCAUAUCAGAACAAAAGGCACAGGAAAGAAAAUCGCAGUUGAAUGAAGUUAAAACAAAUAUUGCGCAUUCGAGAAAGAAAAUAGAAGAAAGUGAGGAUGAAAUUCAUUCUCUACAACUACAACUUUCAGCAAAGGUGAAAGAGUUGAAUGAUGAUGAACUGAACCUCAGCUGGAUAUGUAAAAGGGAAGAAAUUCUCAAAGAAGUAAACAAUAACUUGUUAGGAGAAAGAAAAAUGUUGCAAGACGAAAUGAGAAAGCUUCAAGAAAAUAUAGCUCAUCUUCAGUCUGAAUUUUGUUCUAAAGUUUGGGAAUUUGGUCAAGAGUAUGAUCUUGUUGGAGAUGGCAGGCAGAAGAGAGAAAAGAUAGCAAGAGAAGAGUUCCAAGAGCUAAAAAAGAAAGAACACAAAAUUACAAAGGAACUAGCAUGUUUUCGAGCCCAUCAAGAAAAUGUAGACAAGUUGGAGAUGGACAAGAAGACUUCUAAAGUGGAACUACAAAAACUAGAGCAGCAGUUAAAAUUGAUAGUUGAAGAUGAAUUGGUCCAAAUGAAAAAGCUGAAAGAGUUGGAGAAGGACAGAAAUUUAAUUUACCAGUUGCCUCAGACUGACUCAGAGUUUAAAUGGUUACAUGCAGAAUUAGAAAGUGCAAGGGAGGACAAACUUGAAUGCUUGUGCAAUGCACUUCAACAGGAGUUGCAAGAACUUCAGCAGCAGCAGUGGCAGAGGCAGUUACAGAUGCAGAAGCUAAAACAACAACAAAAUAGACAAAGACUAGCCUUAAAACCACAAGAUAAAUUUGUUGAACAAGCAUCAAACUGUGCAGCUAAAAACCAUUCUACAGAACUGAAGUCUGGACCAGCAUUUGCAGUUUUAUCUUCUUCUAUGCCAUCAUCAAACCCAAUCACAGAUGGCAUAACAGAGGGAACCGGACCAAAUGGGUCCCAGCAUUUUAAUAGACAAGUUUGUUAUAGGAGAGGAGUAAAACGAAGUCAACGGGUAUCACAAAGUGGAACAAGCCAGCCAGUCCCUGCAGGAGAAUAUGAACAGAAUAUAUUCAUAUCAAGGACUGUGGCUAAAGAUGCUGAAGGUUUUACAGAACAGACAAAGAAGAUACGUUUCAAGUGAGACUAAGAAUAAUGAGCAAGAUGAUACUGGUACUAUGGAAAAAAUCAACAAAUAACACCAAGUUAAUAUUUGCUGUAAAGUUCUGGAACCAAAAAUUUUUUUUAAAGCACAAGAAAAAAUAAAAUGCCACAUAUUGGCUAAUGCAAAAAUAAUUACAUAAUUUAU